AUACAUACUUACUUCCCAACGAAAGUGAAGUACAUACGUAGCUCCUGCUGCAAGUAAAAAAUGCCUGUAAAAGUUUCUUGGCCGAUCGUGAUUGGUGUCAUUCAUCCAAAUAUUGGAGGAUGGGUUGGGUCAUACUUUACCAGGAGGAACGUAAAUACCUGGUAUCAGAUUGAAAGGAAACUGCAGACUUUAAAGAAACCAUCCUGGACUCCACCAAAUUGGAUGUUUGGGCCAAUAUGGACAACUUUGUAUUGCUCAAUGGGUUAUUCUUCAUAUUUAGUAUGGAAAGAUGGUGAUGGUUUUGAAAGGGCAGCAUUACCACUUUCUAUUUAUGGAACUAAUUUGUUACUAAAUUGGGCUUGGUCACCAAUAUAUUUUGGAUUAAAAAACGUGAAAUGGGCCUUGUAUGAAAUUGUGUUAUUGUGGGGAAGCACUGCAGCAAUGGCCAUUUCAUUCUACAAAGUGAAUAAACUUGCUGGUUGUUUGAUUAUUCCCUACUUUGUAUGGACUUCGCUUGCUACCGCAUUAAAUUAUGUGAUCUACAGAGAUAACAAGCCAAAUGUAGAAGCUGUCACAGAUGGAAAGAUGAAAUAAUAUCGAGCCACACUUUAGUAGCAAAAAAAAACACUGAUCUAGAGUGACACCUCUUGAAACAAUGUUUCAUAUCAUUAUGUUUGUAAUUAUUAUACCACUUAUUAUUCGAUAAGAAAAUGUGCCUCGCAUUGAACGCACAAUGCUGUUAGUAUACACAUUUUUAUUGUUUGAUAUGAAAUAAAAGUUAGUUAA